AUUAUAUUUUUUCUCUUAAAAAUACAGAUAAAAGACACGAUAGAGAAGAACCGGUUUUUCACAAAUUUAGACAAUCAUUUGGAUUCGUUUCCGAAAGAUAUUUGCAAGAAUAAGAUAUUACCGCAAUUGGUCACCGCCUUUGAGUUUAGUGCCGUCGGUUCUGCCAUUUUAGGGCCACUUUUUAAAAUCGGCAAAUCAUUAGAAGAAGAAGAAUACCAGAAGAAAAUAGUUCCGUGUGUUGUAAAACUGUUUGCCUGUAAAGAUAGGGCCACUCGAGCCAAACUAUUGCAACAGAUGGAAACAUUCAUUAAUUACAUUCAACCGAAUGUCGUGAACGACAGUGUCUUUCCGCACGUGUGUCAGGGAUUCCUCGACUCCAAUCCAGUCAUAAGGGAACAGACCGUUAAAUGUAUGUUACACAUGGCCUCUAAACUAAACUACCAUAACCUCAACGAAGAGAUUGUCAAAAACUUUUCGCGCCUUCAGGCCAGGGAUGAAGAGGGAGGCAUUCGGACCAAU